AUGUCUAAUGCUAACCGUGAGCCAAUGCCCUUCGUCCGGCGGUUCGGCAAGGCCGCAGGUGUAGGCGAAAUCGAGACCCCGAUGAUGUCAAUGAGAUCCGAAAUGAAGGAGCGCAGCGAGAAGAGCAACACCGUCGAUACGGGCCACGUCGAUUCGUUGGGAGAUGCUAUCAUGCGCGCUCCAGUCAACGGUGCUUGUCGAAAAUGUGGAUUUGCCGGCCAUCUUCCGUUUCAAUGCAUGAAUAAUAUACAAGUGAAGCCCGACCGUCAGGCGGUGGUAGAAAUCAGCUCGACGUCAAGUGACAGCGAAGCGGAAAGAGUCGCCAAGGAGCGGAAAGCUAAGAAGAAGGAAAAGAAGAUGCUGAAGAAAGAGAAGAAAGCCCGGAAGAAGAUGCUAAAAAGAAAGGCCCGAGAGGAAAAGAAAGAGAAAAAGCGCAAGCGAAGACGCAGCAGCUCAUCGGACAGCGAUAGCGAUGCAAAAAGUUCCGACGAAAAGCGAAAGGCUAAAAGGAAGCGCAGAAGUCAUCGCUCAUCUUCCAGCUCAUCCUCGGGAGAAAGCCAUCGAAAAUCGAAGGAGUCGGGCAGAACAAAGACUCGUCGAAGGACCAAUAGUUCAAGCAGC